AUGGUAAAUCGUGUCUCCGCCAAUUUGAGCAUGCUUUUCACGCAUGUCCCUUUAAUCCAGAGGUACGAAUUGGCUUCAAAAGCGGGUUUUAAGCUGGUUGAAGUCAGUUUGCCAUAUUCGGAAAGUGCGGAGAGCUUGCGAAAAGCCGCCGAUGAGCACGGACUCGAGCACACGCUCAUCAAUUCGCCGACCGGCGAUUGGAAUCAAGGGUUUCGUGGAAUCGCGGCGUUAGCGUCGAAACUCGCCGAAUUUCGGGCCAGCAUCGACACGGCCAUCGAAUACGCGAAAGUGUUGAAUUGCGACAAAGUGCACGUGAUGGCCGGCGUGCCGAGAGAUGUCGACGAUUCGUCGAAAGCUGACCAAAUUUACGCGCACAAUCUGAAAUUUGCCGCCGAAAAAUUGGCGUCGGCGAAUCUCGUGUGCCUCAUUGAGCCGAUCAAUCACUACACCGUGCCCGGCUACUUUUUAAAGGAUUACGAGCAAGCGGCGAAGCUGAUCAAGUCGAUCAAUUUGGGCAAUUUGAAAAUUCAAUAUGAUUUAUUCCAUGCCCAACAGAUUAAUGGACAGCUUAUCGCCACAAUGAAAAAUCUCAAGGAUUUUAUUGGGUAUAUUCAAGUUGCGCAAGUCCCUCAUCGUGGCAAUUGCGGAACUCGCGGCGAAAUCGACUACAAUUUCUUAUUCGAGCAAAUUAAGCAAAUUAAUGAUUCUUGGAUUAUUGGUUGUGAAUAUGUCGACCCGGAUGUUGCCUUGGAAUGGUUUUCGCCGCCAUUUUUGCAGCCAAAUUGCGCCAACAUGGUUGCGACUAGAAGUGGCAAGCGUACGCAUAUUUCGGACGAAAGUGUCACGAAAUUGAAGGAGGAACAGUCGACGCCGGUUUCAAGACCGAAACGCACACCGAAAAGAUCGGCGAAGAAGCAAAAAACGCCGGAAAUUGAGAAAACCAAAGAGGAAACGCCGAAAAAGGUGUUCAAUGUGGAUGGAUCUCCUGAAAUCGAGACGACGCCGUCGAAGAAGGCGAGAAAGAUGAAAACGCCGGAAAAACAAGAGGCGACGCCGUCGAAAACGGAGAAAACAGAAUCUGUGCUGGAAACUCCUAAGAAGGCCUCAGCAACUCCUUCGAAAAAAUCAAAGAAAGAAGGAUUGACCAAAACUGAGACUCAGACGCCAUCGAAGCAACAGGAAAAAGAAAAAUCGCCGAAAAUUGAGACUCCGACACCAUCGAAGCAACAAAAACCGCCGAAAAUUGAGGAAGUUGUGAUCGAAUCAUCACCAGAAGUCGUUGAACUCGAAGAGGCGGAAUCUCAGGAAAAUUUGGAAGAGGAAUCGCAGACGAGCCAGGAGAAAUUAGAAACUGAAGGCGAUGAUGAUGAUGAGGAGGAUUCUGAAGAUGACGAUGAUGAUGAUGAUGCUCCAGAAGUCGUGACUUCGAAGAAGAAUGUAGAGUGUGCAGAGCAGAAAAAUGAGCACAUCGAGCUUCCAGAGGUGACAGGCGGCUUUGAGCAGUUGAUGGCAAAAAAGGCUGAAAAGGAAUCGAAGGAACACAAAAAACGCGCGGAGAAGCGAAAAAAGAAGAAAUCGAAGAAAGUUGUGUCGAAGGGUUCGAAAGAAUCGAAUAAGGGAAUUUUCAAGAUCAAAGUGAAGAAGAGUCGAACGUCGUUCAAAGUGGUGACACUUGAGAAAGGAGUGAAGAAUGUGUUGGAGCCGGAGCACAAUUAUCGCGAGGAGCUUCUGAAAUCGCGGACGUGCGGAGUACGAUUGACGAACACCAAACAAUACAUUCAUCGCGCGAAAUGGGUGAAUUCGAAAGCGAAAUGA